UUCACAUUCACACACACACACUGUUUUUCAUCUCUUUCAUUUAAAACCCCUCUCUGUCUCUCUCUUCGGCUUCUCCACACUCACUCCUCUUUUUCUCCGUUCAUCAAAUUACGCAACACAAUGAAAAAACACACUCACGCAACGCUGUUCUUCCUCCUCAUCUUACCUGGAAUACCUAUCGCCGCAGCCCAAGCCCAAGCCCAGCCCAAUGACUUCUCCGACACAAACCUCAACCAGUUCAACCCAUCCAUAGCCAUAAUCAUCGUCAUACUAGUCGCCGCUCUUUUCCUCAUGGGCUUCUUCUCCAUCUACAUACGCCAUUGCGCCGACUCCCCCUCCAACGGGGUUGGGCCCAUCACCGCCGCACGCUCCAGGAGGGCCGCGCGUGGGCUUGACCCAGCGGUCAUCGAAACAUUCCCAAUCCUCGAGUACUCAGAGGUCGAGGUUCACAAGACUGGAAAAGAAGCGUUGGAAUGCGCGGUUUGCUUGUGCGAGUUCGAGGAAACCGAAACGCUGCGUUUAAUUCCCAAGUGCGACCACGUUUUCCACCCGACUUGCAUCGACGAGUGGUUAGGGUCCCACACCACGUGCCCCGUUUGCCGAGCUAACCUCGUUCCUGGCGACUCCGUUCCCGUUCCCGUCCCCGAUCCCGAAACGCGAGACGUUGAGGCCCAAAACGACGCUAUUGAAACCGUUGCGGAGCAGCAAAACGCUGACUCUGACCGGGUCUUACCCGAGCCUGAAGUGGUUCCCGUGGAGAAAACGCUAAACAGAAACCGGACGCGAGGUUCUCGGUCGAACCGGCCACGCCGGUUUCCGAGGUCGCACUCGACCGGUCACUCGUUGGUCCAACCGGGCGAGAACACUGACCGGUUCACUCUGAGAUUGCCGUUGGAAGUGAGAAAGCAAAUAAUAAACCGGCAAUUGCAACGGGCGAGUAGUUUGAUUGUGUUGCCUAGAGAAAGUAGUUCGCGGCAUGGUUACCGAACCGGAGGAGAGGGAAGUAGUAGAGGGAAGAAUUCGAGGCGGUUCGACCGGAGCGCUAAAUCGGACCGGUGGAUUUUCACGGUGGCGGCGCCUUUCUUUGCGAGAGCAUUGUCAAUUAGGUCUCAGAGGGUGAAUAACAACGAUGGCGAAGGGACGUCCUCUAGCUCUACGGCGCCUAUACUGCCGCCGUCGGCCGUUGACUCGGCUCGGCCACCGGUUUAACGGUCGUUCGGCCAUGCUCAACAUUUCAUUGUAUUUAUUUAUUUAUUUACCUUUUUCUUUCAGGGCACGGCACGAUUUUUGUUUUUUCUGCUUGAAAAUUUGUAAAUUGUGUAUAAUAAGUUAACGCAUUUAUUUGUAGGCCGGUUUUAGAAUGUCUUGAAAAUCACUGAAGCUUAAGCUAUUUUGGUUAAGUUCAUAAUUCAACAAAAUGGAGAGUGCAGAAAAAAGAAAGAAAGCGAAGAGUAUUGACGAGGGGCUUGUAAAAACAAACAAAAAGAAAAUGAGAGAGACGCUGAAUCAGAUCUUGUAACAGUGAUUUUCAGAAGUCAGCAUGAUCUUUUUCUGCAUGUUAACCAUUGUUUUUAAAUAAAUAAAUACAUGCAUCACUUAGACCCCUGGUGGA